CCGCAGCGUCACAUGUGGGUCGGGAAUUAUGGCCGACUGGGACGCAUAUGUUGACGAAAGAGGCUACACGUACUACUACAACCGAAUCACGGGCGACACGGCGUGGGAGAUCCCGCCGGAUGCCGCCGCCGACGUGGUUGAUCAACCACCUGUCACCACCCCCGAGUCGGUAGUAUCGUCCGAGCCGACUGACGGCACACAAGUCGGCGACACCUGGACGGCGACGUCGGAAGGCGGGGAAUGGGCAUUUGGAGGUGUGAAUCCAGCGGACGGAACGUUCUACUUUAUACACACGACGACCGGCGAACGCGUGACCAACCUGCCGAUGGACACACCACAAUCUGCCACGUCAUAUGCCAACAAACAUGACUAUGUAGGAUCAAUCCUUCUUGACAAAGUUGCUCCCGAAGUGCAACGUUGCAUGGACGACUUGGUUCAGACGAUUGAAACCCAGUUGGCCGUGUGGAUGCGCCGGCGUCAACGCAACGCCAAAGCGUUGGCCAAGCAGCACAAAGGUCACCGAGGACGACAAACCAACAAGCAAGCGGUUGUGCAGCAACUGCCCCAGCAACACCAUCACCCCACUCCGGUGCGCAUGACCCAACUCCUUGUAAACGCCAAACGGUACGAAUACUCGGCCGAGUACGCGGCCCGCCGCGCCGAGCUCGACGCGCAGCUCCGCGAGGACGAAGUGCAAAAGGAAGUCGUGCGGGUCACAGAUCGAUUGGCCUUGCGACGAAAGCGCCAGGUCAAGCAGGCCGCGGCGUGGCGUCGGGCAGACAUCAAGGAGGAGCAGAUUCAGCUGCGCCAUCACAUCACUCGCGUGCUGGUCGCCAAGGCCACCAACGGGCUCGACAUCCACGGCAAAAUCGAUUUGAGCAGUGGCGACGAUAGUAAUAAUAAUCAUGGUGAGCCUGCGACAAAGCUGAAGCGAGACGAGUUGUUCGAGUCGGAAGAGCGGGCGGCGCUCGUAAGGCACCGCACACGACAGCUGGAGCGGCUAUUUGUCGCCAUGGACAUGGACAAGCGCGGGACAGUGUCGGCGCUGCAUGUGCUGCACCACCUUGUCACACAGCCGACCGAUGUCCAGCGAUGGGUGCAGCCGCCCCGACGAGGCCUCGACGACCUCGUGACCACGGGGGUGCUGCAAGCCUUCUUUCUCCAGCUGCGCCAGGUCAACCUGCGGCAGUUUGUCACCUUUGUCGACAUCUCGGAAGACGUUGUGGCACAGGUGGACCGCAUCCAAGCGGCGAUGGAGCGGGCCGGAUUGGGCGUGGUGAGUGCUGACGUGGCAACGUGGCAGAGCAGCAUGUCCAACGUUAAGACGGGCGAAGCAGCCAAUCGCAAGCAACUGAUCGUGAAUCGACUGCAGCAAUCGUUUUGCACGGCCAAGGAAACGUGUCUGGCCCAGGUUCGUCAUGUCCUCCACUUUCGCGAGCUUCGUUCUUCUGGAGCAACGGCGGGACCAACUGGGGACGACCAGCAACCGAUCUGGCAACUCGCUCACAAACACGUGUACUUGCAAUUGCAGCCGUCGCUGCCGUCAUACUGUGUCCACUGCCGACGAUGCCGCGCGAGGCUCGGCAAACUCGAUCGCUACGACGUCGAAGGGACCCAUCGGGCCACGUGGGGCCGCCAUCUCGCCCGACGUAUGCACAAUAUUGAAAUGUCCUUGCGCCAAUGGCCAACCGGCACAAACGCAGCAGACGAGACAGACUUGGCCAGCAUAGCCAAAUUCCUCGCUCAGUCGAGCGAUAGUACUAGUACCGCGGCACUCGAUGCUUUAUUAACGCCGAAGACGGACGAAGUUCCUUCUGCGUCCAUGGCUCACCAAAUUGUGCGAGCUACCUUGAACGAUACAGUCGCCGCCGCAAGUCUCUUGGCGAGCUACGAUGCGUGGGAAGCGAGGGUACUGGCUCCUUCCCAAAGUCGCCUCUCGUCCGAACCGAUGCCGACAACGUCGGGAACCCCCGCGUCAAGAGGCAGUAGCCACGACUUGUUGGCCAAACUCACCAAGCGACGCGAAGAUGUCGAGCGCGAAGAGAUGGCACGGGCACUUUUGUUUGAAGAGGACGAGCGGUCGCACGAGGAAGUGGAACGGGCCAAGGUGGCGAUGGAGACGCCGUUGAUCCUCGAACAAGACGCCGCGCACCGCGAGUUUGUCCGGCUGCUGCAGAAGUGUUUGGAUCCGUCGAUCAUGUUGAAGCGACUUAACUUUGAGCGAGUUCUGGCCGUCCGUUCGCCGACCGACAACAUGGUGCUUCGGAUGGUGGACAGCGCCACCAACAUGCACUGCAUUGUUCACACGAUGCGAUGCGCGUCCGUGGACGAAGCGGACAACGUCGUGAUGCUUGCGAGGCAGCUGCAUCACCACCGACCGCCACACACGGUGGAAGUCCUGCAUGUGUUUCAAUACAUGUACCAGCAGUUUGCCACCCACGGCAACUUGAACGAGUGCUGGCCCGUUGUGUUUGUCGUCACGGAAGACUGCAUGGAAGGCGGGUAUUGGCUGCCGCCGUCGCCGCGGCCGCCGCUGCCAGCCGCAGACAUUUUGCACAUUCUCAAUGCGGUGAGUGGAGCGCUGGCGGCUCUCCAUAGCCAACAUAUAUGCCACUGGAACCUCAAUGCACGAAAUUUGUACCGGAGCAACGUGUACGCCAUCGACGACGCUGCUGGCGAACGACGGCAGCAACUCAAACUCGGCGGGUUCCUUGCGUUCAAGCAACCGUUUACCCAAGACGACCUGUCCAAGUUGCCGUCGAUUGUGCAUCCGUCGUUAGUUCCCCCCGAGUUAACGAGUACUUCGCGGUGUACGAACGGGAUGAUGCUCAAUGAAAAGACGGACAUGUGGAUGCUGGGCUGCCUGCUCUACUCCCUCGUCACUGGAUCCGAGCAAGUCGUGCGGGAGAAGAGUCUGUCGACGAUCAUGACUGACGUACCCUUGCGGUAUGGCACAAGUAUACGCUCGUGCCUGCGGAUGUUGCUUCAACCGCUACCGCAGCACCGACCCACAGCGAUGGAGAUCUUUAACUUCAUCUCAUGCGCUUCCCCCGAUGAGGGUGUCGCCGCCGACACUAAAGCAUCGUCGGCCUCGAUGACGUUGAAGAAGUCCGUGCGUUCCUUGGACCCACUGCCGUCCCGAUAACGUGUGUAGUAUCCGGAGAAAAUAUAUCCGGAUAAAGUUUUUCUGAAAUACUACGAAUAGGAGAACCUGAUUAUAGCCAAUCAUAUACAAGAGAACACAAUUAUGG